CACAGGUCAAUCUGUCUUUUUGUGUGUCUACAACUUUCUGCUGUGCCAUUGUCAACCACCCAGUCAUCUGUAGCUGUCACGACAUAGCCUCCACUGUCAGAGCUGCUCUCACCACAAAUACCGAUUCUGAUUCGUCCACCGCACUCAUCAACACUUGCACCGAAAUCUUAUCAACUAAUAUUUGACAUUAGAAUAACCCAGUUAACAUAUAAAACAUACGUUAAAUUCACCAUUUCAUCAAUACGAACUUAUAAGAUACCAUCCACAUUUGCAGCAGUCAACUACUACAAUUAUCUAUACGAUACCAACCUUCAUCAUUCCUGUAUAUCUACUAUCUUACAAGUCUUCCAUAUCCUAUAGCAAUCAUAUACAAUGACUAUCGAAGAAUCAUGGAAGUUUUCCCAAUGCUUUGGUGAUAAGGGCGAUAUCGAAAACAUCACCGAAGCCGAUAUCAUCUCGACGGUCGAAUUCGAUCACACCGGUGACUUCUUGGCCACCGGAGACAAAGGUGGUAGAGUAGUCUUGUUUGAACGCAACCAACUGAAAAAGAAGCUGAACUGUGAGUAUAAGUUCUUCACCGAGUUCCAGAGUCAUGAUGCCGAGUUCGACUACUUGAAGUCUUUGGAAAUCGAGGAGAAAAUCAACAAGAUCAAAUGGUUGAGGUCUUCCAACAACUCGCUCUAUUUGCUUUCCACCAACGACAAGACUAUCAAGUUAUGGAAAGUCAUGGAGAGACAGAUCAAGUUGGUAAACGAAAACAACUUAAACGGCUUGAACCACUUGCCUCUGAAGAACAUCACUAUCAACAACUUGAAGUUGCCCCAGCUUCAAUUGCAUGACAAGCUCAUCCUGGCCCAGCCAAAGAAGAUCUACUCCAACGCCCAUGCCUAUCACAUCAACUCUAUCUCAGUCAACUCGGACCAAGAGACGUACUUGAGCUCUGACGAUUUGAGGAUCAACUUGUGGAAUUUGAACAUUGCUGACCAGUCCUUCAACAUUGUUGAUAUAAAACCUACCAACAUGGAAGAGUUGACUGAAGUCAUCACCAGUGCCGAAUUCCAUCCUAACCAUUGUAAUUUAUUCAUGUAUUCCUCAUCAAAGGGCACGAUCAAAUUGUCUGAUAUGAGAUCCAACUCGCUCUGCGACACUCAUGCCAAGAUCUUUGAAGAGUACUUGGACCCAUCUUCACACAAUUUCUUUACGGAAAUCACAUCGUCCAUCUCUGACGUUAAGUUCAGCCACGACGGAAGAUACAUUGUGUCCAGAGACUACAUGACUGUCAAGAUAUGGGAUUUGGCCAUGGAGAAUAAGCCCAUAAAGACGAUUAACGUCCACGAACACUUGAGAGAAAGGUUAUGCGACACGUACGAAAACGAUGCCAUCUUUGACAAGUUCGAAGUGCAAUUCAGCGGCGACAACAAGUCGGUGAUGACCGGUUCGUACAACAAUAACUUCAUGAUCUACCCCAAUGCCAUUAAUGCCAACAACUCUCCUCAACAAACUGCUGCUCCCGUAAAGAUGCCUUCAUUCAACACGAAUUCGUUCAAGAAAAAGAAGAACCGUCACGACGAAGAAGACGAAGAAGACGAAGAAGCUGAUGAAGCUAAAGAAACACAUACUUCCCCUCUAGAAGAUGAUGACGAUCAGGAAGAAAUCAUCUUGCAAGCAGACAAGUCGGCAUUCAAAUCCAAGAAGUCGGGUCACAGCACCAUGAGACGUAGAUUGAUGAGUGGAGUAGGCACCAACAAUGCCAGCGACUUUGACGACAUCGACUUCAAGAAGAGCAUUUUGCAUUUGUCGUGGCAUCCAAGAGAGAACUCUGUAGCCAUUGCUGCCACCAACAACUUGUACAUCUUUUCCACGUUGUAAAUGCCCUGGAAAAGAUUCUCCGCUACGACUUCAUUUAUGUUCUUUUUCCUUCAUUUCACUCUUCAUUGUUACGGUUGGUUAUUGUAAUUGUAAAGUUUCCAAUUCUAUGGCUUGGUUAAUCCCAGUCCAUAACCCAUUCUAUUUCACUGUUGCUUUUCUUGUGAUGUAUUUCCCAUAAUAUUGAUUCCUGUUUCCUUUUACUUCGCCAGCGUGGUUUACUACUUGAUACUCGAUUUUGAAAAGCUAAAAAAGAAUUAUAAUAAUCAUGAACAAGAAUAAAGUCUAGGGUAAUGUUCAAAAGUUGCUUUGCACUAAUAGGUAUUAUUCUUUCUGCAUCUUCGUUGACAUAUUUCAUUAAAGACUAUAAUAUACGUAUUUAU